AUGGUGGCAUGGAAAGUUUAUGCCUUGGAAGAGCAUCUUAAAGGAAAUAUUGGCCAACUCAAAUCAGCAUUUGAUGACAGAAUGUCAUCAAUGGAGGAAAAAUUUUCUGACCCAGAAGGAAUCUUAAAGAAGCUAUUGGAUCUUCACUGCAUUGAGAUUAUCAUUUCAAAUUUGAAGGAUGUAUUGUACGUUGACAGUGGUGAUCCGUGGAAUCCCAGGCUUGAGACGGUAAGCAAAGUGAUGAAAGUGCUACAAGGUGUGCACAAGGUUCUGAAACCAGAUGGAGUUUUCAUCUCCAUUUCUUUUGGGCAGCCACACUUCAGGCGUGAACUAUUUGAAGCUCCAUGUUUUACAUGGUCUGUAGAAUGGAAAACAUUUGGGGAAGAAUUUCAUUAUUUCUUCUACACUCUGAAGAAGGGAAUGCGGACCUCUGAUAGCAAACAAUUCAGCAUUGAUAAGUGCGAUGUACCAGCAAUGAGUCUGUUCCACGAUGAGCUAGAGGAUGAGGAUUUCAUAUUUCGAACUGAUAUAGAGGAGCUGGCCGGGUGAAAAUUUAAGCUCUUGAAAAUUUUCCUAUAUUCAAGACGAGAGUUCUCGUCUAGGGAUAAAAAUGCUUAUUCCCCUCAAGAAAGAAAAAAAAUAUAUAAAAAAGUUUAUUAUCUGUGUUACAACCAAAUUACUGGACCCAGACGUGAGAGACAUUUACAGUUGUCAUAAUUCAUUUUUACCCUAAAUUUUUUUGGUGGAUGCAGCAUUUCAGAAAUGCAACAUAAAAGAUGAAGCAAGGGUGUAAUAUAAUAAUAGCUACCGCUUUCCAACA